UAUGUGUACUUAUGUAAAUUCAUAUUAAUAAUGUUGAAAAAUUUUUUAUUAUUAUAGAUUUCUAUUGCUUAUGGAAAUUAUUAUUAUAUUGUAACUAAUAAAAUUUAAAAAAAUAUUAGGAAGCGGAAAAAUAUAAAUAAAAGGAAUAAAGUUUCCUAAUUUUGAUCUUUUCAUACAUAUUUGAAUAUAGUACGGUCCCUACCUAGACGGGCCCUACUCAUGUCGGGAUCAUGUCGGACCCUAGAUAUAGUAGUUGCACAUUUUAUAGUUAUUUGAAAAGAUGUUUAACUUUUCUAAAUUGACACAAAAAAUUUAUCGUUAAUGUAACAUAUUAGUAUGUUAUUCAUUUGAAUUUUUUGUUGUAAAAAUAAGGCAACUUGUAAAGCUGUUUAAUGGUAAAAAGACAUGAAAAUAAAAAUAUUGCUUGGAAUAUUUAUGCGCUUUGGCCUUAUUGUUACAUUUUAUAAAAUUUUUGGUCUAGCUGGGGAAAACAAUAAUAAAGUUAGAAUACGUAAACAUGGUUUGGAAUUGACACAAAAUUUUAACAUUCAGCGCCAAGAACACUUGCAAAGAAUGUGUAAGACUGUUGGCCACAAUUCAAACACAAUCGCCGAAUUGUCUACCGAACAAAUGGAGCAUAUGUUAAUAGAUCAUAAUCAUAAACUGCUAUAUUGUUACGUACCAAAGGUAGCUUGCACAAACUGGAAAAGAAUGUUGAUGAUGCUCACAUAUCAGUGGAAAUAUGGACAUAAUGCCUUGGAAAUCCCAGCAAGUCUAGUCCACUCCACUGGAAUGUUCACAAAAUUAAAUUCGUUAAAUAUAAAUGAGCGGAAGGAUGUUUUAUUCAACUACACUCGUUUUGUUGUUGUUCGUCAUCCGUUUGAGCGCUUGCUGUCGGCGUAUCGAAAUAAGCUAGAGGGGACGUCUGCAAGUGCAAAGUAUUUUCAGUUGCGUGUAGGGAAGCAAAUAGUUUUAAAUUUACGAGCCAGACCUACAAAUGAAUCUUUGGAGUAUGGAAAUGAUGUAACUUUUGAAGAAUUUGUACAGUAUCUAUUAAGAUCAGAUUUAAGCAAAUCGAAUAUGACCUUUAAUGAACAUUGGGAGCCAAUCGCAAAUCUAUGUAAACCAUGUACAAUUAAUUAUAAUAUAAUCGGCAAGUAUGAAACGUUACUAGAUGAUUCAGCUUUGGUUUUAGAUGUAAUUGGCGCCAACGAAAAUUUAACAUUUCCUGCUGGCCAUAAAUCAUCCGGAACUAAGGAGAGUUUAAAAAAGUAUUUUGAUGCUAUACCCGUAGCACUAGUUAGAAAGCUGUAUGAGCUUUACCGUGAUGACUUCAAGCUGUUUGAUUAUAGAUUGGAGCACGUUUUAGGCUUUGAAUUAGGGUGAUUUGUUAUUUAAGAAGUGUGUAACUUAUGUGUGUAAUAUAGAUAGGAAAAAUAACAAUAACAUUGUAGGAUGCAUUUUCGGAAGAUGUAGUUUACAUACAUACAUACUUAACAAUUUUGUGAUAUAUUAAGUCAAUAUUUAAACACAAACAACAUGUUUCUUCAGUGCUACUUAAGUUGAAUAAUUUUUGUAUUAUUUUUUUUUAGAAUGUUUUAAAAAUAAAUUUUUAAUGUAGUCAUAAAUACAUAUUUAUUACA